UUCGUUGCAUCCUACGUUGCUUGCGGCCUCUCCUGUAAUGUUCUGUCGAUCGAGUACUAUAUAUACACCAUAAAAACAACAGUCUUUGAAUAUAUAUCUGAACCCAUUUUACUUUUUCCAAUACUAAUUAUAUUAAUAAUAUUUUCUGAUCUCUUCAAAUUGUUCCCAUAUAGGUAGUAGAAUGGAAGGUAGUAAUCGUACUGUUCUUUUGUUGUUCUUUCUCGUUCUUUCAUGCUUUGUGGCUCAAACUCAUGGGAAGCAGAAAGAACAAGGUAUCCCUCUCUACAAAUAUUCCGGGUUCAAGCCCAAGUCAUCUGGGGCACUCGACGCGAGUCUUUUUGAGGAAGAAAAGGAUGUCAAUCCAGAUAAUAUUCAUAUUCCUCAGGAGGGCUCCAAGGAGGGUGACAAGAUCGGGAAUCUGCCUGGACAGCCUCCGGUGGACUUCUCUCAGUAUGGUGGAUAUGUUACGGUGAAUAAAGUUGCCGGCCGUGCGCUUUAUUACUAUUUUGUUGAGGCUGAUGAUCAGCAUAAGGCUUCGUUGCCUCUCCUUCUUUGGCUUAAUGGAGGCCCAGGUUGUUCAUCUUUGGCAUAUGGAGCAAUGCAAGAGCUCGGACCAUUCCGCGUGCACAGCGACGGCAAAACACUUUUCGCAAACCGAUUUGCUUGGAAUAAGGUUGCAAACGUUCUGUUCCUGGAGUCUCCUGCCGGGGUAGGGUUUUCGUACUCGAAUACAACAAAAGAUUAUGAAACGCGAGGGGAUAAAAACACUGCAGAAGAUAAUUAUGCGUUCCUGGUGAAUUGGUUAGAGAGAUUUCCAGAGUACAAGAACCGGCCUUUCUAUAUUUCUGGAGAAAGCUAUGCUGGCCAUUAUGUUCCUCAGCUUGCACAUACCAUCCUCCACCAUAACAAGAUGCAGGCUACAAAGACCAUUAUCAACCUCAAAGGAAUCAUUAUCGGAAAUGCAGCAAUCGAUGACGAAACUGAUAACCGGGGAAUGUAUGAUUUCCUUGCGUCCCAUGCUCUCGUCACAGAUGAGGAUGCCUAUAACGUCAACAAUAGUUGUGAUUUUGCAUCCAAUGCCACCACUCAAAGUAAAGAGUGCAUUGACUCCUACGAUGCAAUCAACGAUGAUGUUUCCUCCAUCGAUAUCUAUAACAUCUAUGCUCCUAGUUGCUUCUCUCCCAACAUCACUGAGAAGCCCAAGAAAGCUUCUAUCAUGAUGCAAAUGGAUCCGUGCAGCGACUAUUACGUACAUUUUUACCUGAAUCAGCCUGAUGUUCAAAGAGCUCUUCAUGCCAAUGUAACGAAGCUUACACACGACUGGGAAGCAUGCAGUGAUAUCAUAUCAAGCUGGGGAGAUAGCCCGCCAACUCUUAUUCCCCUUCUGCAGCAACUCAUGGCCAAUGGACUUCGAGUUUGGGUUUUCAGGUAGAGAAAAAACAAACAAUA